UUUAUUUAUGUCUGUUGUCACAAAGUUAGCGCAGAGGGCAGCAAAUAACAUGAUGAAAAUUGCUAUGGCGGAGAGCAUGGGAAGUAUCCUUUCACACUUUUCACAGAGCAACAACCAACAAACGAGCGAAUCAUUAGAAAUGGAGGAGACCGGAGAAGCAUCGUUGGAGUCUAGCUCUGUUGAGCUGUUGACCAGUGAAGAUCCAUCAAGUGAGAAGGAUGUCCCAGAGCUCCCCAGGGAAGAAAGUGCGGACAACCUCUCAGAAAACUUUGCAGAUGCCUUAACCACUCAGGAUGAGCCAGUAAAUGAGGUCAUUCUCAGCAAGGAGAGUCCGGCUGUUGAAUCCAUCGUGGUGCAGUCUGAGCCGGAACAGUCCAGCAAGCAAGUGAACGGUGAUCUCCAGACCAAGGAGGAUGUGCAAACCAGUACAGAAGAGGUGCUUUCCGAAGGAGCGGAGACGGCCACCCCGGUCCUAGCCGUAGAAAAGACGUCCAAGGAAACAAAGAAAGAAGGGAAGAAAAGCAAGAAAGGCAAAGAUGCCGAACACAUGAGUCGCGCCAUCAUGCAAGCCUUGAAUGGAUUAGAAACGCCAGAGGAUAAGAUAGCUGCCUUAUGUAAAAAAUAUGCAGAGCUGCUUGGUGAGCACAAGUCUCUUCAGCGAGAUAGCAAGACGCAGACCAAGCAGCUUUCUCAGAUCCAGCGUGAACGAGAUCACCUCCAGAGUGAGCAUGGGAGAGCACUCCUGGCGAAGAGCAAGCUGGAGAGCCUGUGCAGGGAGCUUCAGAGGCACAACAAGACUAUCAAGGAGGAGAGUCUUCAGAGAGCCAGGGAGGAAGAUGAGAAAAGAAAGGAGGUUUCCAAUAAGUUCCAGCAAACGAUCAACGAGAUCACGACACAAAUGCAGGAUAACCACACCAGAAACAUCAAACUGAAAGAGGAGAACAUUGAGCUAGCGUCCAAACUCAAGAACCUUGUAGAGCAGUAUGAGAGAAGAGAGGAGCACAUAGAGAAGUUAUUCAAGCAUAAAGACUUGGAAUCGCAGCUCUAUGAUGCCAAACUGCAGCAGUCAAAUCUAGCGUUAGCGGAGGAGAAAGAACGGAAUAAACGAGAAAAAGAAUUGUUAAUUGCAGAAUCGGUAGAUUCAAAAAGAAGAUUGGAAAUGUUCACGAAACAAGAGGCACAGUUGAAAGCUCAGUUGGCAGUGUAUACCGAGAAGUUCGAAGAGUUCCAGAGUACCUUAACAAAGAGCAAUGAAGUCUUCCAGACAUUUAAACAAGAAAUGGACAAGAUGACCAAGAAGAUCAAGAAGCUAGAGAAAGAGACAAACCUUUGGAGAGGCCGAUGGGAGACCAGUAACAAAUCACUCAUGACUAUGGUGGAAGAGAAAGGACGGCAUGAGAAGGACAUGUCCGACAAGCUGAUAAAGAUCAACAGACUAGAGAAGCUAUGUCGAGCCCUGCAGGCAGAGAGGAACGCCCUCAUAGGCAAAGCAAGAACAGAUGAGACCCCUUCAUCGGCAUCAGACCUGGUCCUAGAACUCAACUCAGCCCAAGAACCAACCUGCAACGGGGAGAUCAUCUCAAACCCACAGCCCGAGGCCAACCCUGUCAGCGAACCGACGCAGAGUAGCCCAUCAGAGGACAGCACCGCAGUAAGCACGGAGGGAGAGAAGGUUGGAGGAGGAGAUAGAGGCGAAGGAGGAUUGUAG